AUGACAAGCCUAGUCGCAAGAUCCCUCUCUCAAUCAUCACGCAAGCCGAUGCGCUAUGUGCUGCAAGAAGCCUUGUUGAGUAUUGUUAAAUCGGAAAGUUCUGUUGGACAAUUACUAGACUCCUCUCAACCACUACAACAUUUAGCAAUAAAUAAGAGAAGUAGCGAAGCUAUUUAUUAUUCGGCACAAGAAGGAGGACAAUUUUAUAAGAUUUUAUUUUCUGAUGAUGAGAGUGGAAAGAACAAAAAGACCAUCCAACCGGAUAUGAAAUAUCCAACAAUCAAUCAAAUUUAUUUAAACAAAGCAGGUAAUAGACUUUUAAUAAUCGGAGAGUACGACAUCAAUAUUAUGAGUGUACCUGGAUUUAGAUCAAGUGAAGCAGAUGUUAUUUCCUCCACCACCAUAUUUUCCUUCUCAUUAUUAUCUUCAGUAUUGGAAAGUUCUAACACAAUUUUGAAAGCUUGCUGGCAUCCACAUAGUGAUGACCAUGUUGUAGUGCUGGAUUCUAUGAACACCCUAAGAAUUAUUCAAGUGACCUCUGGAAAAAUUGAUGAAAUUCUUUUACUCGACGACGAAACCUCAGAAAAAGUUCUUUCGUUCACAUUUGGAUCAAGAAGAUCGUGGGAGAGAUUUUCGAUAUUUUAUGUGUCUACCUUUAAAGAAUCAUACAAAUUAUGGGUGCUUUGUCCAAUUGUUCCUGAAGGAUGUAUUGUUUCUCAAGAUUUCUUGAAUGACAUUAUUGAUGAAUGUGAAAGCGAGCCAGAGGCUACUAUGGUCAUGAAUUAUCUCCCUGGAAUUGUGAACUAUGCUAUUGAAACUUCAAACCAUGAACAAGAAAUUGUACUCAAACCCAAUACGAAGGACACCACAUUCUUUACUGGAAAAAUUAUACCUAUAGAUUGUGAAAUUGAUUUUAGCUCAGAUAUUGCAGAUAUGACCAGCUUAAACAUUUCCAAGUCGUUUCCAACUUGUUUUGCUUGUGUAGAAAAUUCUGGGACCAUUAGACUUUUUGUUGUAUCUGACAACAUCAAACCCAAAUGGAAUCUACAGUCAAGAUUUGCCUCUUCAUCAUCUUCUAAGUUAUAUUCUCCAAUUCCACAUGCUGUUAGCGUUACCUCUCUUGAUAGAAUUAUUCUUCCUAGGGUUUCGAGGCCAUGGCUUGUACCUCAUCCAACAUCAUCACAAAUAUUUUAUUGUGUGCAUGACGGUGGAUGCCAUGAAGUUAUUUUUCCUUUUAUUUCUCACAUUGAGAAGACCUUUUCUGGUGUAGAGCAAGAGCAAUCAGAGAACGAUAAGACUGCUGUACUACCUUUAUUUAAAACUCAAAAAUUGGAAUAUCCAAAAGGUUUUGCUAUUUUGGAGGAUUUGGUUAAUGGAAUAUCUAUAUUUUACAUUGAAAGCAGAGCCAAAAAUGUAUUACUCUCUUCUGGUAGUGUAUUUAACUUUAGACCGGAUGAAACGGAUGGCACACUACAGAAAGACAAUAUAAAGUUUGGCACUGACACAUUUCAAAAAUUACUUGAAGAAGUUACAAAUGAGCUCUAUAACAGAAAUACUAAUGUAAAGAGUAAGGAGGCUACAUUGCAAUUAAUGCACAAUACGCAGUGUUAUGAUGUUGCUAUCGAACUUUUUGAACAAAAACUACAUUCUCUCUCAAAACGAUACAACAAUCAGCAACAGUCAGUGCAGAUAUUAGCGAAGAAAGAUGCCCAUUGCAAACAACUACAACAAGAUAUCCACACAAAAUACGAAAAUACUCUGAAAAAGGCCAAAGACCUGCACAAACGACUCGAAAAAUGCUACAACAUCUUGUUCCAUCAGCAACUCAGCAAAGAAGAAAAAGAAUUUAUGAAUGAUAUCAAGCAAAAAUCGAAGUCGAUUGACACCUAUUCGUCAAGAAUUGACAACUUGAAACACCAAAUAGAAUCUUAUAUACCAAACCAACCCACAGGCAAAACCUACUCGCCCGAGAUAAUCGAAAAAGUGACAAAGUACCUGAAGAAGACCGAAGAAAUUUUAGAAAGUACGAAACAGCGCUUGGAAGAAUCAAAAGAGUAA